ACACCUUUUAGCGAUCUGCCUGAGAACCAAGUUUUGUGGCGACGUGAUGUGUAAGUACGUUGCCGACAACGACUACGUCAUGAAAAUGUUGUCGGUUGUGAUACAGAGCACGAAAGGUUAAAAAGUGAGGCUUCAAGGAAAAUCUGUGGAGUCUUUAUUUUGUGACAAUGGCGAAAAGAAUUGCAUCUUCGGACUUAAACCAUGAUAACUGGGAUAAGGAAGACAAACGUGAAGAAGCGGGAACAUUUCGCAAAGCUGAUAACAGUACCCUUCAGUCACGAGUAAUAAGACAGGCUAAACGUAGAUCAACAUCAAGCCCUUAUAGUUCUUCAGGUUCACCGCCGAAAACGGGUGAGACAAAAAGUGUGUUUGCAAACUUCAGUGGAUUUAAAAUGCCUACCAGUACAAGUACAGUCACCUUCAAUUUCGGCAGUGGCGGAACAGCAGCAGCUGACAGAAGUUCAUCAUCAAAAGAAUCUUCCAGUGCUCCUAUACAACAAAAAAAUGGAGUUUUGAAAGGAAGUUCAAAUGAAAUGUCUACUAGAAAGGACGCUGAAGGUAAAAAUGAUAUGGACAGAUACACAAAGAAACCAAAGGAAUUUUAUGCAGAUUUGAGGGCACUUAAUGAAUGUGUGUCAAAGUGGAUAAAAAUGCAUGUGGAAAGAAAUUCAUGUUGUAUACUUACACCAGUGUUCAAAGACUAUGAAAGACAUCUCAGUGACCUAGAAGACAAGUAUACAACAUCAAAAAAUGUUGAUACAGAACCAUCCAAGAAAGAAACAUGGAGUAUACCUGCAGCACCUAAAGACAUUAAAAGUGUUGCACAAGAAUCAUUUAAUUUUUCUUUUGGAUUAAAAAGUUCUGGAGACAAAUUCAGUUCAAGUGGCUAUUUUUCGACACCUCCUAUAACAAAGACAUUGGACAACAAAAAUGUCCAGGAAGAGCCCUCUAAGACUCCAAGCAGCUCUGUUCUGUCUCCAUUUAACCAGAAACUUGUGUCCCCAACACAGGCUUCAACAUUGUCUUCUUCUGAAGAGAAGAAUAAGCCACCAUUGCAGUUUUCCUUUGGCAGCCAGAAGCCAUUUACAUUUGCAAAUGUUUCAAAGCCAGAGGGAGGAUCUGGUGAGAAUGACAAAGAUGGUAAAGAUGACAACGAAGAGCCACCCAAAGCAGAAUUCACCCCUGUUGUUGAGAAGGAUGCAGUAUACUCUCAAAGGUGCAAGGUGUUUGUAAAAAAAGGAGGGUCUUUCCAGGACCGCGGUGUUGGCACGUUGUUCCUGAAACCAGUGUCUGGUGGUGCCAAGACACAACUGCUAGUACGUGCAGAUACCAGCCUGGGCAAUGUGCUGCUCAACACUCUCCUCUUCCAGUCUAUGCCUCUGCAGAGAAUGGGGACCAAUAAUGUGAUGUUAGUGUGUGUACCUACACCUGAAGCAGAACCACCUCCAAUACCGGUCCUCCUAAGAGUUAAGACAGCUGAAGAUGCAGAUAAGCUCCUAGAAACAUUGAAACAACACAUCAAAUAAUCUGAACGCUCACCACAUUUAGACGUAUUUAUGAUUCUUAAUAAAUCAAAAUGAUCAUUUUUAGGAAACUUGUGAGUGACUUUUCUUACAAAAAGUGUGUAUUGUCUCAGUCUUUUGUAGAACUAAAGGAUGAUGAUACAGUUUCAUGUGUAUUUGACUUGACUGGAAUAGUCAAGCAUCUGUUCCUUGCGUGUGUUAAAAAUACACACUCAUUUUUCUAAGACUUUAUUGUAAAUAACAUGUUGCAUAUUCAGAAAAAACUGACACAGUGAAAACUUUUAAAAGUUUCAUGUUUUUUAUUGUGACAUUUGAAUAAAGAUUCUUAAGUUUAUAUUUGUAAA